CUUCUAGCAGCAGCCAGUCGCCGGCUACCGGGCCACGGUCGAGCAUCUCUCUUCUCGGCUACACGAACACCGAGGAAACACUAAGUGUGACAACUAUCACGACCUCGUAACCCUUUUUCUACGACCCUAUUGGAACUCCCACGGAGAAAAACCAACGAGCAGCUUCCAGUACCGAGGAAUACCGUUUUUUAACAUUUUUAUCAUUUUUAUAUUUUAUCGCAUUCAUCUUAUUCUCCAACAUUCCUAUCGAUCGACAAUUAUUUUCAUUGAUUUUCAAAAUAUACGUAUUAUUCUUUUUUUUUUAUUUAACUCCGAUUUCGAAUAUAUUUGUUGUACGCGCAAAUGAAGUGAAAUUUAAAAAAGAUUCAACGUGGCCGCAUAAAAUUCGUUUUAUCGCGCGAUAACUACUUUAAGGAAAACACCGAAGGAGGGAAAAUAUCGCGGGGUGCACGUUUACGAUAUAGUGAUAGUAAAGAACUUUAGUUCCUUUAGAUCUUCUCUCUGUCUCUUCAUAUUAUAUUCUUUAUCUAUUUGUACCUCUCGAAAGGAGGCAAGGGACUAACGUCAAAGAAUCAUGGGGAAUGGUAAAUAACCGCAAGCCCUUUUCCGAAGUGAACGUGUUUUUCACCAACGGUGGGACCAUGUGAGGCUUCGACCAUGACGAGUGGCGGACAAAGCGGUGUCUGGAUCGUGAGCGUGAUUAUACUGUCGAUUGGCAGUUGGGUUGGCAGAGUUGGACCGCAACCAGCGGAUAGCGACCUUGCCUCGUCCUUAACAACUCCGCGAGAGAGACUCGAAGUAGUACGACAAAUUCUAACGGAGGUACCGCUGAUCGACGGACACAAUGACCUACCUUGGAAUAUCAGAAACUUUGUCCACAACCAGUUGGCUGAUUUCGACUUCGACAAGGAUCUCAGGCAAGUCGCACCGUGGAGCAAAAGCAAUUGGAGUCAAACGGACUUGGUCAGAUUGCGACAAGGCAUGGUCGGUGGUCAGUUUUGGGCCGCUUAUGUGCCAUGCGAUUCUCAGCAUCUUAACGCCGUCCAGCUGACUCUCGAACAGGUCGAUCUUAUAAAACGACUUAUAGAAAAGUACUCCCAACAGAUGCAAUUUGCCGCAUCGUCCAAAGAAAUUUUAGAAGCUCACGAGAGAGGCAGAAUAGCUUCGCUAAUAGGCGUCGAAGGUGGACAUAGUCUGGGAAGUAGUCUAGCCGUUUUAAGAACUCUUUAUCAUCUCGGCGUAAGAUAUUUGACGCUGACGCACAGGUGUAACACACCCUGGGCUAAAAGCUCCACCGCCGAGGAGGACGACGAGGACGGAGGAGGUCUAACGGCGUUCGGCAAGGCCGUGGUGCGAGAGAUGAAUAGACUAGGCAUGCUGAUAGACCUCAGCCACACAGCCAGAGCAACAAUGAGGGAUGCCCUGAAAGCGACCAAAGCACCUCUGAUCUUUUCACAUUCCUCGGCCUUUGCCAUUUGUAAUUCCUCGAGAAACGUGCCCGAUGACAUUUUAAAACAGUUGGCUAACAACGGGGGAUUAGUGAUGGUGACAUUUUAUAAUUAUUUCGUCAAGUGCGGUCCCGAGGCAACUAUAUCCGACGUGGCAGAACAUAUUUAUUAUAUUAGAAAUCUUAUCGGCGUCGAUCAUAUCGGAGUAGGUGGUGACUUCGAUGGUAUCAACAAAACACCGAGGGGUCUCGACGACGUUUCCAAAUAUCCCGAAUUGUUUGCAGAACUUCUUCGCAGCGGCAAAUGGAGCGUACGCGAUCUGAAGAAGGUGGCCGGUUUAAAUUUACUGAGAGUCUUCAGAAAGGUGGAACGCGUGAGGGACGAAAUGAGAACGGCCGGUGUUACCCCAUCCGAAGAAUAUCUUCAAAAUUCUCCGGACGUUAGCGGGAAAUGCGCGUUAGACACUAAUACCGUGCAAAGGGGAGUUGAAGUCUAAUCUAAAACCUCCUGGCGAUCUCUCCCAUCUUCGUUCGUUAUACUCUCGGUCAUUUUAACGAUGACUGCGAGGAAACGAAUGGACAGUUGCCCCGGUAAAGGGCCGAUUCUAGGUCAACGAGGGCGUACCAAAGAAAAAGAGACAGCAUGCAAGCUUCCUUUCUAUGACCUGCUCACUUUCAAAGCCUGUACUUUCUUCAUCCGAGCCAUGGAAAAAGAAAAAAAAAUGGCUCACGAGGAGAAUCCCAUCGUGUCGUAAACCUACCUCGGAACUCGUUCUUGCGGAAGUGAUGAGCAACGAGUCAAAAGAAUAUUUUCUAAUAUAUUGAAAAACUUUAUUUUAUAUAUAUAUACGUUUUUUUUUUUCAUUCAUCUUUAGCUUUUAUAAUAGAUCUUCCUUCAUUUUGAACAUCUCGUUCGAAUAGUUUUCAUUGCGUACUCGCAUAAAUCAAAUUGAUUUUGAUUACGAAUAAUGGCUGUCGAAAUUCGUCGUAAGAAAUUUUGCAUCGUUGCUAUUACUUUCGUCAUUUCUUCUGCUUUAUAAAUAACGAUAAAGCGAUUAACAUUUUUCAAAAUGUACAAUAACCCUCACGUAAAAUCAAAGUAAUCGUGUACUAUCAAAAGAACUCUUACUUGAUGAACACUUUUCUCUAUGAAAUCAUCACAUCCGUAUAAAAUACGAUUGUCGGACGAAGCUAUAAUAAUCGGAUAAAAAGGUAAGCAAGACUCGCGAAGGAAAGAUAAUAUUAUUGAUAUAAGAAAAAAAAGUGUCGUUUCGAAAUGAUCUUACUCAAAGUCUUUCGAGGAAAUUUUCAGAGUUACGUAUAAACCUGACUGUACAUUUUCAAAGAAAAUUUCUUCCUUUAUUGCACCAAACGUAAAAGCACGUGCACAUUCAGGUCAGAUCGUUCGGCUAAAUUCUGACAUGAACAAAUUCGAGCUAACACAUCUAUAACAGGGUUUUCAAAAAUAAGCAAGAAAAGACAAAGAGGUUCAAGACUUGAAGAGUUCAAAACACCUUCCACACGCAGAUCAAUUUUGCCAAACAUUUUUGUUUCUUAUUUCUUUUACUCGAGUUAAUGAUAUUAUCUUUAAACCCUUAAUAUCUUUUUUUGUAACAUAUUUAGUAUAACGAGUCUGCCCCGUGGAUUAUUCUAAUGAAAUAAAAUUGAAAUGAGGUCGCACCUUUCAACUUGCCGCCACAUUUAAAUCAAAAAAGGGAAAGAAACGCAUAAAAAGAAAUAAAUGCGCACGUGUUUCUUAAAGCACACUAAUAAUCUGGCAUAAGACUUUCUUUCCUUGUAAUCUUGAACUUCCAUCCUAUACCUAUCUGUGUCUCGUGUGCACUUAUAUUAUAAUCCGUGUAAGAAAACUGGUUUCCAUCGCAUAAGCGGAACUACGAAUGUAAAAGGAAGAAAAUAGAAAAAGAGAAAGAGAUAAAAUGAAAAAAAAACGUUUAAAGACUUAAACGCACUAGCGCGAAACGCACGGCAAUGAAAAUGUUAAUUAUAUGAUUGUACGUACAAAAAAUAUUGAAUAGUAAUAAUUCAUAAAGUAUAUUUAAUUAUUCAUCAAAUGUUGCAAAGAGAACUGAUAACUGUAGAAAAAAACAAAUGUAAAACAUGCAGGUAAAGUGUAGCAUACUUGUUACGAGAUUGCAUAAAAUUUCGCAAUCUAGUGAUAAAUAUAAAUCUAAUGGUUGAAAAUAAAUAUGAAUAAUUUUACAAUGCGAACAAAAUAAAACUUGAAUUUUAGAUGAUAAUCGGCCGAUACUCAACUGCAGUACGGUGCAUAUUGCUUUGCGCUAGUGCGUUUAGGAUCUUGUCGACCAAAAUAAAUCGAAAAAAUAUCUACGUGCACGGAUUAUAUUUAUUUCCUGUGUAUAUGUAAUAUGGGAUGAGUCAAAAGAAGAUAAAAAUGCAAAUGAAGAAAAGAAAAAAAGAAAAAAAAAACGAACGAACGAACAAAAAUAUAUCAGAUAUUCCGUCGUGUCUUUGCAACGGAUUCUACAAAUAAAUGUUUCUAUUGUAAAACUGUCGCGAAAAAUUUAUUUCUACCCCAUCGCAGCAAAUUGAAAUUUAUGUUAAUUAUUCUUCUUUGAAUGUUUUCCCUUUCGAAAUAUCUAUUCAAUAGAAACGUGCUUAGCACGUUCUGUUGGGUCAGCUAACAGAAACUUUUGUCCAAUUUUUCCACCAGAUGCUCAUAAGGACAAAUUUUUAAUUUGUUUUAUUUUUUAAUUUGUUUAAAUUACUUCCACGUACGAGCGAGGUAAGCAACGAAAGGUGCUUAAUGUACAUUGAAUUUUACAUUAAAUAUCUUUGUAAAUCUUUGUAGAUUUUCUAAUCAAUAAAGUGAAUAAAAGUUCAA